UUGGCAUGUGUUUCAGGGAAUCAGGAAAUCAUAAAUGCAUCAGUGUCUCCUGCUCUGAACCUUUUGUAGUUUAUUGUGUUGACCAUGUUAACAUUACAUAUGAACGGUGGCAUGUCGGUGGACUGGCGUGACAACACUGAGAUGGACAUGGACAGUCCUGACAAACUCAUGGCUCAGUGCUGCGAUGAGCAGAUCGAGGAAAUCCAAGACAACCCAGAGGAAGCGAUGAUGAUGAUGAUGAUGGAGGAGGAGGAGGCUUGUAAACAGGCUCAGGAAACCGAUCUGAACUCGUCCUCAUGUCUCACAUCAGCACAGAGCAGCAAUGAAGCCAUCAGUCGGGCCUUUCUUGAUGGGAUGGAUGUUGCAGAAGAAGCAGAGUCAACAUCAGAGGAGAAGAAUACAACAGAGCUGGCUGAUUUGCUGGACUCUCUGCAGCAUCUGCAGCUGCGUCUGACGGAUGCUGAGAGUCAGCUGGACGUCGAGCUGCUGCUGGAGCUGUUGCUUCGGUCAGAUAUCCAGCAGGCGUUCAUCAUGCACCGCAGUGUGGCUCAGAGCAUGAGACGCCUCUGUCUGCCGAUCCCGCUCACCGCACACACACAGCAGCUCAGAGACGAGGUAGAGAGUGCCCUGCAGUCUAGUGAAUAUAAUGAAGCCACAGAACUCACAGGCCUGCUGACGUCACCACACCUGCAGGCCCUGAUGGAAGCUCAUGACUGUAUUGCUGAACAGGAAUUAGAUGUUGAGACUAUUGAAUCAGUGGACCAGGAUGAAAAGACCACCAAACUGGUUUCGCUGGAGAAAACUCGUGACAUGCCCCUGGGCGUGACCGUUCGUAACGAACAUGAUCGCGUCGUCAUCAGUCGGGUGGUGAGCGGUGGAACUGCUGAGAAAAGCAACCUGCUCAGUGAAGGAGAUGAAAUCUUGGAGAUCAAUGGCAUUCCAGUCCGUGGAAGAAGUGUUAAUGAUGUUCACAACAUACUGUCCUACAUGCAUGGGUCUCUCACAUUUCUCCUCAUCCCAAACUUUCAAAACCACAAAGCUCCUCACAGACCAAAUGUGAUGCAUGUGAAGGCAAACUUCAGCUAUGACCCAUCUGACGAUCUAUAUGUGCCGUGCAGAGAGCUCGGCCUGUCCUUCCAGAAGGGAGACAUCCUUCACGUCACCAGCCAGGACGACCCCAACUGGUGGCAGGCGUACCGCGACGGACACGAGGAACAGAAGCCCCUCGCUGGUCUUAUACCUGGGAAGAGCUUCCAACAGCACAGAGAAGCCAUGAAAAAACCCCUCACAGACAGAAAUCAAGAGUAUAAAGGGAAACUCUGGUGUGCAAAGAAAAGCCAAAAACAGCUAAAAAAACUCUUGUUCAACCCAAGUAAAAACACACUGUACACAGAGGAUAUCUUGACCUAUGAGGAGGUGGCACUUUACCAUCAGCCGCCCAACUACAAGCGCCCCAUCGCCCUGAUUGGGCCACCCACCAGCGGACAUGAUGAACUGAGACAAAGAUUGCUCUCCUUAGAGCCUGACCGAUUCACCGGGGCUGUUCCACACACCACACGAACCCCCCGUGCACAUGAGGUCAACGGCAGGGAGUACAACUUUGUUUCACGACAGAGCUUUGAAUGUGACCUGGCUGCAGGGAAAUUCAUCGAGUCGGGCGAGUUUGAACAGAACCUGUACGGCACAAAUACGGAUUCAGUCAGAAAGGUGGUCAACUCAGGAAAAAUCUGUUUGCUGUGUCUGCAUCCCAGGGUAAGAUGGAGUAAAAGCCCAUAAUGGCAUUUACCAAGAACAACAUGCAUGGAAUUGAUUGGCCGUAUGACAUGUGUGAUAUAAUAAUAAUAAUAAAAAAAGCAAAAGGUCAGUAAAGUCAUGUGCAAUAACAGAGUGCAAAUAUAAAAUUGCAUGACCAAACAAAAUAUGAAAUAACUAAGGAAAGCAUAUAUUUACAUUA